AUGGGGGCGUGCUCCUCGAAGAUGGAGGUUGUGGGGGGCGCGACGGUAGCACCGGAGCCGCGGGCGUCGCAGGGGAGCAGCAACGCGUCUGCGCGGGGACUGUCCCCGAAGACCACCGCGAGCGACAGAUUCAUGGCGCACGUCAGCAAGAACAGCACGGCUGAGAUGUUCCUGGAAGGCGCCGGCAGCGCCGGCGCCAGCCCCCAGCGGCAAAGCCGCAAGUCCGUGCGGCUGGGCGACGUCAUCGAACACGAGUUUCAGACACCGCAAGCCAAGGACGCGUUGGCGCGCAAGGCGAUGAUGAACAAGAACCGUCAGCGCCACCUGACGACGCAAGUGUCGGGCAGAGGCCGCACCUCCGAGGGCCGCCGCAGCUCGGGGCGCCGGUCCGAGAACUUCGCGGCCCCCUCGCCGCGCUCGAAGCGCGUGAACCUCAACACGUCGAUCGCGGAGGCGCAUCAGCAGGAGGUGGAGGCCUACGACAGGCGCAUGGGCCGCCGACCCGGGGUGGACCCCACGGACGAGGACGGGGACGGCGUCGCGAGGGCCGUGAGCGGCGUGAAGACGCACGAGGAGCUGCUCGCGGAGGCCAGGAAGCGCAAGGGCGGCGGCGGCCGCAACAAGAGCAGGAAGGAUCUGGCGGGGAAGACGUCGGCGGUGUCGAGCAAGUCGAUGGACCUGCGGUCAGGGAAGAGCCAAGUCGCGAUGGGCGUGCUCGCGAUGAAGGAGGAGUUCGCGGAGAAGGCGCAGGCGCGCGCCAGCAUGGCGGGCGUCACCAACGUGACGGACGCCGUGUCGCUGCGGCCGACUCUGCCGCAGCGCGCCAUCGAAUCGAUGUCGCGCAGCAACGUGAUGAACAGCGGCCAUGCCGACGCCGGCCUCCUGGACGACGACUUCCUCGACGACCUGGACGACGGCCGGGGCGGGCGCUGGGCCACUCAGGUCGUCGACCAGGACACCCGCAACGUGGCCAUGGGAGCGAUCGCCGUCUAG